CUCUCUCGCAGUCCAGCCAUAAAUCCCACAGAGCACGCGCACACAGGAGAAGGAAGGGCUUGGGGGGAGGGGAAGAAGGCUGCCCUCCGCCGCCGCCCCCCCGCCCGCGGCCCGCCUGGCCCUCGCGCCUGCUGUUUCGCAGGACCGAGAACCUUCCCGCGCGCCGCAUCGCUCGCAAAGACGGAGGGGAAGGCAGCUCCUCGUCAAACCGGGGGCCUCGCCUAAGUGGCAGUCCCGCCGGCCAUGAGUAGCGCGCUCGGUCCCGCGGGACGUCAUUAUGGGGGUGCUCCUCUUUCGAGGGGCCGCCUCCUCCUGCAGUGCAACGGGAAGCCUGUGGGGACUCUUUUGAGGAGGGGAGUUGGGACCGGAGGAGGAGGAGGAGGAGGAGGAGGAGGAGGAGGAAGAGCAAGUCACGCAGCCGGGGCCGCUCGGCACUCCCGGGCGGGGGAGCACUCCGGGCUCGGCCCUCCUGCUCCGGCUCGGUGGCGUGCUUCAGAAAACUCUCGGUGGCGCACUGCAGCGACCACGCUGGGCGGCCCGCCCGAGGGGGGCAGGCAGCCUUCUCCGAAGCUCCGCCGCUGUCUGAACAGGCCUGCCCUCUCGCUUCACCCCUGGGCGCGCCGCCGACGCUCCAGCGCUCAGCCCUCCUGCUCUGGAUCGGGGGCGAUCUUUAUCAGGUCGUCGAUGCGUAGGAUGGUUAUCGCCGCCUCGGUGGCGAACUUCAGCGACUUGAGCUUGGAGACCAUGGGCUCGAGGACCCCUGCGGCGACCGAGUCGCGCACGCCCCCGUUGGUCAGGUCCAGCCCGUACCACCUGUAGUCCCUCUUCUUCUGGUCGGCGCCGCUCGCCUGGGCCGCGUGGUGGCGCACGCGCAGAGUCGCCAGGAGGUCCACCGCGUCCAGGGCGGCGUUCUGCGCGAGCGUCUUCGGGAUCGUCAGCAGCGCCUCGGCAAACUCCGCGAUGGCCCACUGCUCGUAGGAGUCGAAGGUGCGGGCGUGGUCCUCCAGGUGCAGGCUGAGCGCGGUCUCCACGGCGCCGCCGCCCGGCACCACUGCGUUGGACUCGAGCGUCCUCGAGACGGCGCAGAGGGAGUCGUGCACGGAGCGCUCGGCCUCGUCCAGCAUGAACUCGUUGGCACCGCGCAGCAGGAUGGUGCAGGCCUUUGUCGCCUUGGUGCCCUUGACGAACACGAAGUCGUUGUCGCCCACCCGCUGCUCGCACACCUCCUCUGCCUGGCCGAGGAACUUGGCGUCGAACUCCUCCUCGCCGUCCAUGGUGGCCAUGGUGAGCACGACCUGCCCGCCGGUGCACUUGGCGAGGCGGCGGAUGUCCUUCUUGUCGACGCGGCGGACUGCCAGGACGCCGCCCUCGACCAGGUACUUCAUGGCAAAAUCGUCGAUGCCCCUGGUGGUGAACAGGGCGGUACACCCUGCGUCGAGGAUCUUCUUGAUUUUGUCCUUCGUGAAGUUCAUCUCCUUCUGGCGAACCUUCUCGAGCUCUGCGGGAUCGUCGAUCACGAUGUUCACUCCCAUCGACAUCUUGUGCUUCUUCAGGUCAAAGUCCAGCAAGGCAAUCUUCGCGGACGUCACGGACAUCGGCAUCUCUUGCGAAGCGCGCCCCAGCCUCAGCGCAUAGCCGUUCGGGAGCAGCAUCGACUCUGCGGAGCUCUGCCCGUGGGACUUGAUGAUGUUGACCUGGCCGACGGGGUACUUCGCCUUGCCAUCGAAGCCGAUUAUCUUGACGGCCUUGACAGCAUCGACCACGAUCUUCGAGAAGAUGUGCUCGUCAGACCCCCCGACAAACUUCGAGGAGAGGGAGGUGCGCGCGAUCUGGCUCAAGAUGUCCUGCUCCAGCUGGUCGACCUUAAUGCUCAGGUUGCCCUGGAUAAACUUCAGGCAUUCGCGCAUGGCGAUGCGGUACCCAGAGAUGAUCGUUGUCGGGUGUAUGUUGUUCUUCACCAGCUCGUUCGCACGCUUCAGGAGCUCGGCCGCCACGAUCACGACAGAAGUAGUGCCGUCCCCGACCUCGCUGUCCUGCAGGUGGGCCAGGUCUACCAGCACCUAAUUGGACCCGGGUGCUCCACCUCCAGCAUCUUGAGGAUCGUCGCCCCGUCGUUCGUGAUCGUCACGUCGCCGAUGUCGUCCACCAGCAUCUUGUCCAGGCCUUGUGGCCCGAGGGACGACUUCAUGAUGUUGGAGAUCGCCAUGACCGCGACCACGUUCGCGGACGAACGUCCUGCCCGGUCUCGCGCUCGCCUCCGAGGAUCAGGCCCGUCUCCGCCAUGGGGCCCGCGGGGGGGACGGCUGGCACGGCUCGCCUCUGUAACGCCCUCCCCCCCAGGGCCUCAAGAGGGCCCAGCUCGAGCCGAAACGGCU